CUUCUCCGGCUCUAUGAGAAAUACCCGGUGAAAUAUGGCGGUGGUAACUGUCCAAAAGAUAAUGGCCCCACUACCCCUGUUGUUUAUGAUGUUGGCGAUGCCCAGAAGACUGCAGAGUUGUACUCUCCCAAUGGGCGGUCUGAAUUUGUCGCUGGCUUCGUCCAGUUCCGGGUGUUUAAUAAUGAGAAGGCAGCACUGGCUCUCUGCUCUGGCGUUAAAGUCACCGGAUGCAACUCAGAACAUCACUGCGUUGGAGGAGGGGGCUUUUUCCCAGAAGAAACCCCCCGUCAAUGUGGUGAUUUUGCCGCCUUUGACUGGGAUGGCUACGGGACUCACCGUGGAUGGAGCACUUCAAAAACCAUGGUUGAUGCCACUGUGCUGAUCUUCUACCGCUGAACGGCCGAAUCAAGCCGGAUAUGGAGGUGCCUGUCCCAGAACAGAGAAAUUUAUGAUUAAAACACACAAUCUGACAAUGCUCUGCAACAAAAAUAAAAGCAGCACAU